UCUGUCCCGGGAAGCCGUGGUGCUGAAUCCGCAGCGACAGGCGAACAGGCUGCAACAUCACAACCAGCCGCACUUUCCUUCCCUCCCGCACACUGAAGCCACCAUCCGGUGAUCCAGCCGAGCCUCUGGCGCUGUGUGUGCCUGGAUUAUUAAAGCCCUUGUGCUCGGGAGAAAGCCCCGCGGAGAGACGCACGGUUUGGAGAGGGGAAGAGGAUGUGCGCGGAUUGACUCGAGCUUCUGCUGCAAGUCUGCUUCUGCACAGUAACACCUGAAACAGCCUGUGAGCGCGUAUUAACGCUGUGCACAGGAUAAACCAGGCGUGUGGCGCGUUAGGAAAGAGAGAUGCAGCAAAGAGCAAAGACUGCACACACAAGUGCUGGAAAAACUGGGCGCUUUUAGCUCUUCAGGACAUGGAGCGCUUGAGAUGCCAGGCUGCAUGAAGUGACUGCUUGGAUAGACAUUUCCAGCCUGGAGAUUGUUUUACGCAGCAUGCCCACAUCACACAAUGCACACAAACAUCACAUUUAUAUGUAUUUUUCUUAGAAGUGAGGGUGUCCUUUUCUAAUUUUCAUCAUUUGUGCAAAGACAGGUGAGUCGGAUUUCUUAAUACUACACGGUUUCUGAAUGAAUAUCUGAUAAAGUGACAAGUCUCGCUUGGAUUUAAGGGAAAAAAAGCAAGAUUUCAGUUGUGAUGAUGAAGCCAAGUUAAAAAAUAGGUCUGCUGGAAGAGGUUUUAGAUAAAGACAGCACAAAGUUUAAGGGAUUUAAGGACUAUCAGGAGCUCUGUGGUUCGUUUUUGACUGAGAGCAGCGUUAAACUUUGCGUGUCUCCAGUUUGGCAGAGUGUCCAGCGUGACCAGGCUCGUCUCUUUUCUUCUCGCGGUGAAGGACGGAUGCAGUGCGGCCGCGGCAUGCUGAAGGGCCGCUGCUGCUGUGUGCUCUUCCGGGACCUGCAGGUGCUGCUGCUCAGGGACAUGAGCGGACACCGAGACACCGAGGCUCCCGGCACUCAGAGCCGGUCCACAGAGGACUCAGUGCUGGACACGGCGGUGGCAGAGCUCUCCAAAGAUAAACGGGAUGAGCGCUUCUCAUUUAUCAGCUACGCCGAGGGCACUCCGGUGUGCAGGAUCUGUUUCCAAGGGCCUGAGCAGGGGGAGUUGCUGAGUCCAUGUCGCUGUAGCGGUUCUGUCCGCAGCACUCACCAGCCCUGUCUAAUUAAGUGGAUCAGUGAGAGAGGCUCCUGGACAUGUGAGCUUUGCUACUAUAAGUACCAGGUCAUCGCCAUAAGCACAAAGAAUCCUUUACAGUGGCAGGCCAUCUCGCUGACAGUAAUAGAGAAGGUUCAGAUUGCAGCAGCCAUCUUGGGCUCGCUGUUUCUAAUAGCCAGUAUAUCAUGGCUGGUGUGGUCAUCGCUCAGUCCUUCAGCCAAGUGGCAGCGCCAGGACCUGCUCUUUCAGAUCUGCUAUGGCAUGUACGGCUUCAUGGAUGUGGUGUGUAUCGCUCUUAUUGUCCAUGAAGGCCCUUCCGUCUUCCGCAUAUUCAAUCGCUGGCAGGCGGUAAACCAGAAGUGGAAAGUUCUGAACUAUGAUAAAAAGAGGGAUAGCGAGGAGCUAAAGGCCAGCGAAGGCGAGUGGACUCUCUCUCUGCUCCACCAGCAGGAGCAGGCGGAAGCCGCUAUAUCACCGUCAACCUCCUCUUUAAUGGCUGCUGCGACAGCUCCUGAUACGCCAAACACCACAGCAGCUGGUGUCACUACAGAGGACUCUACACACACCCACAGUAAUGACACUACAGGGACUGACCAUCACUGUCCUUAUAGCUUUUUUCAUCUCCUCAGUCACCUUAGGCCACAUGAGCUACGCAACCAGUCAGGAAACACCAGCAACACCAGCAGCCAUCAGCCCAGAGAACUGGUCAUGAGAGUAACCACUGUGUAAGCAAAAUGACAUGAACUGCCUUAUCAAUGUGGACUUGGAAUGUCAAAAAGCACAAAGGGUGAACGUUUUAAUGGUCUUGUUUGAAUGGAAGAAAAGCACAAUUUCUGUUUGGCGCGCAGGAUGAAAUCUGGAUUGUGUAUAACAAUUGGUAACUAUAAUGACACAAUUUGCUGCAGUAUUGCAGAUAGAAGAAAAAAAAGAAUUUAUCUGUACCUUUAUAAUACAGCUAUGUCUCUCAGUCAACAUGUCACACAUUUACCUUCAUGUUUAAUUCAUUUAACUGUAAAUGUGACCGCAUCCGUCCACCCACACUGUCUCAGUCAGAAAGUCCAGGCAGGGAAGCAGCUAAUGAAACGCUGACACAGCAGGUCUCAUGUCUCUUCUGUCAACAUUCUGUAUUAAACAACUGUACAGUCUGAACGUUUACAGUCAGAAAUGGUUUAUCUCACAGGUGAACUGUUCUCAAGUGUUUUUCCGAAGUCACUGUAAAACUGAAAUUUCAAAAUAACCGAAGAGAUAGGACUCUUACAAUAACUGUGCGUUUUUUUCCCUGAGGAAGGCAUUACUUUCUCAAUCAUAUGGGAUGCCAUGAAGUGCUUAUGUCAGAUGUUUCCUAUUUCCACAUGGUGUUUCGAGAUUACUUUUGCCUUGUUGCCAUUUCAGUACUGAAAAGGAAAUAAACUUUAAAUAUGCCAUUGUGAA